AUGGUGUUGCUGACGGUAAAGGGCACAACUUUCCCGGACGAGUUCACCGUCGCGUGUACGGCCGCCACGGUCAUAGACGCUGCGCUGGCGCAGCAGCUGUGUCACAUCCAGAACGCCCGUCACCAGGUGAAGCUGCAGCUGCUCUCUGCCCGAGAGCUGCUGCAGGAGGCGCGGCGAAGGCGGCGGCUGCCGCUGUCAAGCUCCGCUGGUCCCGGCGACGACGCCCUUGCGGUGGCCUACGAUCGACUCAUUGAGGCGACAUCGACGCGUCUGCGCGACGCGGUAUCACCGGUUGCGCCGGAGGAGUUUGACGAGACUGCGGAGCAGCUGCGUUGCAUGACGGAGCAGCUUUUUCCAGAGGAGUGCUGUGUGCCGGAGGGGGGCCGGGACGCGGCUGUCGACCGUCUCUACGCGCUCCACGACACCCCCGACCUGGACGAGGACCAGCGACUCGUGGUGUACCACUGCCGCGCCAUCCUCGACAGGCGGUGGAAGCAGCAUGAGCUGCAGUGCGAGGACCAGGCCGGGCUGUGGUUCUGCGGCAAACUGAUGGAGGGCGGUACCCUCGCCAAGUACAGCGGCCGAAGCGAGAAGAGCCGGCUGACAGUGAAGGUGCAUCCAAAGGACGGCCCGGCACCGAGCACGGAGCCCCGGGUGAGCUACGACGACCAGCGCGCCCUCUUUGAGCGGAUGCGACAGCGACGCGAGACGUACAAAACUUUGGAGGAGUCGGAGCUGCGCGACAGGGUUGUGGCGAAGGCACGCGGCAGGGUGGUGGUGGACGCCGCCAGUUUGCCCGCGGGUGGCGCGGUCAUGCUGGACACCUCGCGACUGCGGCCCAUUUGCCCCCAGAAGGAGGAGCGAGACGCCGCUUGA